AUGAAGACAAGGAAAGCGCAGGGCAAUGAAGGGGCAAAGAAGGAAGAGGGGAACGGGGUAAAGAAAGACGAAGAAAGAGCACCGGGGAUCCUGCUGGCUCUCGUCUUCUCCGUCAAGUCCAGGGACCGUAAAAACCUGAGUGACUACAAUGGAGCCCAGAGCUACGGAUCCACGGCCAAGCAGCUCAACAUUGCUGCCCUGGUGGUCAGCAUCAUCAUCACUAUCGUCUUCAUUGCUCUGUUCUUCAUCAGGACCACGUACUACACACGUCUUUAG